CAACAACCUAGUACACGAGCCUCGCAACGUAGCUCGUCUUCAUCGUUCGACAACAAGAAUGGCGAGACGACCGCUACCUCAGCGAUACCUGCUCAACAACAUGCACAUGACAAACCUGCGUCCUCGACGUUGACUUCAGUACCAGCAUGUAAGACGAAAGCGAUGUCCUCCGCACGAAGUUCGGUGACGAGACUUCUUGAGAACAGUGCCAUCCAUCACGCAAAUGAAAUCUCCACGGUUACGGUUGAGCCCUCAGUGGACGACAAAGAUGAUUCUUCAUUUGGACCUCCACGUGGGGUGAUGGAACAAGUAAGUAGGCUUAGGACACGCACGACGCCCAGAAAUGAUAAUGAAACCACCUGGACCGGACCACCACUACAAAGAGGAGGCCAAGAGCAGGAUAAAGCACAGCGGAAUACACACACAAGCACACAGCGACAGCGCUCUGGAUGUACACCGAGUCGAUUCGAGAGACCGCGGAGCAAAGGUUCGUUACCAAUCGCCGGUUGUGAACAAUUUGUUAUGAUGUACAACGAAUUCGAAUCGGAUGGCGGGGUCGACGCAGUUAAUACAACACGCGGCGGAGAUAGAGGUUCCGCCGACGCUGGUGGAAGUACUCCAGUAUCUCAUGCAGAGCAUUAUUAUCCUUCAGAGAAGUUUGCAAAUGCCGAUACCAUUUUAAGUACGAAGAUGCAGCAGAAACAGGAAGAGUCCUCGUUAAAGCUAGAAGUCGUAGAAGAUGCGAUUGAUGAAUCUUCAGAUACUGCUCUCGGAGAGCACCACAACUCUGGUGAUAGCAAGCUACUGGGUUCUGCAGAGCUAAAACGCACACCAUCGGAUCAGGCUUUCACGACAAGCCUCUUUACGCCAGACACGGAGGAACGAGCUGCGAGCAAAGUCGGCAGUGCAAAACUCGUUUCUUGUGUCGCGAAUUCAGCUUCCUCUUCACUGGGUGAACCAGGGGUAGAGCGAUUUCCUACGGCACCGGUAAAAGAAGAUGAUCAUCGAAGUAAAGCGAGGGCGGACGAAGAGAUAAUCGACAAGCGCGGGUCAGAUCAAGAUGACGCGCGUUUUAUGGAAACUCCUGCUUCUUGGGAUGGCGCACACGCACACGACGCGCCAACAGAAAACACCGAAGGUCCAGCAGAGGAAGUUGUAAACACGCACGUUGAAUGUGCCAGUAUAGAGGAGAUAUCGAUGGUAGAAGAUGCACGAGAUGAGGAUGCUCACGACGAUCACCGUGAAGAGAGCGAGAGUUGUCAAUUCAUAAUGCCCGACGUGCCUUGUUCUCACGCUUUUCUUGGUCACGUUGAUCACGACCAGGACAAUGAUAAACUACGCGCAGCUGGAGAUGAUGCACCUGUAGUCGUGGUGCAGGAAAGAAAAAUGGAAGACAAUGACCUGUCAUCAAAAGCUGUAGUUAAUCCAGACGAGCUGCACGACAACUAUUUGGAAAGCAGCCCGUUGCGCCUCUUGAGCGAUAGCUGCCUUUCCAGUCCGCUUCUAUCGCCUGAGCAUGCACGAGCACCAGGUAUCCUAGAUUCCUGUGAUGUUGAAUUGUUCAAGACUGAAUUCGGUCCACUGCUCCUCCUGCCUACCAUCAACAUCGUCUGAACGAUGUUUGUUUGCUUCUUUUGUUCGAUGACGAUUAGCUGCUCUGUGAAGUCGUUCUUAGUAUUCCGAUGAUCUUCCUGUUCAAAUUAUUCGCUGUCGCUUCAUUGAGUAAGACAUACAAAUGCUCUCCAUCAUCACCAGGUUUUUCAAACCACGACAUUAGAGCGUCCACAGAGGACGGACUCGCAGGCAGGCACUCAUCAGAAGCCUCCAACAUGCGGUGCGGAGCACGCUGCGGUUACUUGGCGGAUGCAACUCCUGAAAAUUCAACGAAUUCGAUUCGGCACCAGGCCAAUGGAAGACAGCUCUUUUCUGAACAAGAAGUGUCGAUGUGCGGCGUUGAUGAAGCGAAGGGAGAGGAACGAAACCGAGCGCGAGAUCAACAUGAAGAUGAACUGAACUCGUUAAACAUCAACUACUGCAAAGAACACAACUUCAUGAAGAAAGAGGCUCUUAUCCUCAUGAAGGACGAUAGCACGAAGUCGCUACUUAAUGCGUCAGUGGAAGCGGCUGUGGUGGCAGAACACGGAGAAGCUGCCCGCCCCAUAGUUCGAGCAACCCUUGCAGCUUUGCGCGAGCUACGCAGCUCUUUGGAUGCUAUUUGAGGAGGCCACUGAAAAAAUGAGGUAGGCACUCGACCGACGAUAAACCAGAAAGCAAAUAAUACUAGAAAUCAAAUUUCUACAUCACUAUAUUUAUCUAAAGGAUCAUCUACACUAUCAUCAUCAUGAGAUGAAACCCGACGCUGCGUCUGUUAACUGAAAACGCUUUUAUAAGCGUGUUUGCACCUGAUUAUCUAUUAUACGAUUCUGUUAUAGAAGGCUUCAACUACAGUGAGCCAGACCGGGGAUGAGAGCAGAUUGGUAAAUAACAAGUUUGAAAACUACGUACAGUAUAGCUCUACGUCAAGAAUAAGUGGCACUACAAAGGCCUGCUUAGGUUUUACGGCCUGAUGUCUGAAAGGUUUAGUGUCUUGUUGCAAGUUCUUGCCGUCGCGUUUAUUGAUUUAGUCGGACGAGGCAAGAUAAGCAGUGGAACCUGGAAGAGAUGAGAGACGUUAGUAAAUCACGG